AUGGGAAACGAUGAGCCAGCCCGUGACGCCAGUUUUCCCGAACUCGAGGCUAGCCUGUACUCGGGCUCAGAAAAAAAGGAGCCUUCAGAUCUCGUUGAACUUGUUAUUCCCAAUUGCUGGCAAAAUUCCUCUGGGCCAUAUUCGCAAGUAGCGGGGGAGAAGUUGUGGAAUGAAAACUGGAGAGAAACGUUCCACCAUUACUAUAAUAUGAGCUGCACGCUCCUAACGUUUCUUAACAUGUUAAAACCCAAUGGUGUAAUGAAGCUUUUUGAUACCAAGUUCAAUGAGGAGAGUCCGAGUGUUUUGGAAAAGCAAUGUACAAAUAUCGGUUGUCGGGCCAGCCAUCAACAAGCUUUCAGCGUCAAAUCCUUUCGUUUGCGAUCUUCAGACGACAAUCACUUUAUCAACCACCAGGCCCCAACAAUCGUCUCUCUGCCUUUGAGGCCAACUACGAUGGAUAGGCGAAUACAUGAAACACCUAUGGACUUUGAAUGGCAGAACCGUGCUCCUGGAGAAACCAAAUCCCCGUUCUACCAGCUAGCAUUGGAGCACCAAAAUCGAAACAAGGACAAGAAACGUCCCUAUAGCAUUUUCGAUUCAUCUGCAAAAUCGUCGACCCCGGCCCUGCGCGAGCCGUCCUCCCAGUCUUUCCUUUUCUCCCAACCCCCCGCUCAGUCCUCCACCAUACCUCGCAACUCUCCAUUUAUGACCCCGCGUCAGAAGGCAGACAUCGACUUUUCAUCCGAUCCAGAAAAUAUUUCGUCUCCAGAGAAUGCGGAUAACGAUGAGACACCGGAAAGGAUAGGAAAGGCAGACAGAAGGAAUUCUCUUUUUAAUUUCUUCGGACGGUUCGCACCCAGCCCCGGGCGGGGUGAGAUCCCGAAGACCAAAUACUCAAACGUCCUUGUUACGAGAGUCCAUAAAAAGCGACGUCGCGACCGUGAAAUCAAUCGGAAGCGUCAAAAGACCAGAGACGACAGCAACAGCGACGAACGCACCCGCAGCGCAAAUGUCGAGACUGCCCCACAAAAUGGCCCGCAAGGCUCUCAGGGACUUGAGUUUGCGUUCUUUUCUCGCCUCUUCACUUUCCUUGAAUCACAUCCGCACAUACCUCGCAUUCUUUCAUACUACGCUCAAUUUAUAUUCAACCUUGUCCUCACUUUCUUGACGCUUUACAUCAUUGUCACAUUCCUGCUUGCGAUUCAGGCAGACGUCGACCGGGAGAGUGAGAAGGUCUCCGCCGAUAUUCUCGCUGAUAUGGCUGUUUGCGCGAAGAACUAUAUGGAAAACCGGUGCGGUGGCGAGGACGGGCGGAGACUACCUGCACUGGAAGCAAUAUGCGAGAACUGGGAGAGAUGCAUGAACCGCGACCCUGCCAAAGUGGGAAGAGCCAAAGUCUCUGCACAGACUCUAGCAGAAAUCUUCAACGGUUUUAUAGAGCCAAUUAGUUUUAAAACUAUGCUUCAUGUUUCGCCGUUUCGAAUUUGA